AUGGAUAGAACUUUGAAUACAACAAUAACAAGUACAACUACAAUGAUGUCAAUAUCUUCCAUUACAACCGAAUCGCUUUGUCAAGAUAAAUUUCAACAACAAAUAUCAACCAAUAUUUCUUGUUCCGAACAUGAUGAGAACAACUUUCAAAUUGCUACUGGUGAUUUUAACAAUGAUAAUCGAGUUGAUCUCGUAUAUUCUUGUAGAUCUAAUCAAAAUGAAGAGAUAAUUGUAUUAAUGAAUAAUGGCAAUGGAACAUUUCAUAAUUCAUCAGUUUUAUUAUUGUCAAGAUCUGAUUGGAUAACUCAUAUUUAUGUUGUUGAUUUUAAUAAUGAUAAUCGAUCGGAUGUGUUUUUAAUACAUGGAUCUAAUUUUAUAAUUUUAUUGAGCACUGAUAAUGAAACAUUUGAAUAUCGAACGGAAUUGACAAAUAAAUAUAUUAGCUCGAUAAAUGAAGUUCAUAUAGCCGAUUUUAAUAAUGAUAACCAAUCUGAUGUGCUUUUAAUACGUAAUACAGAACCAAACGAAAAUCUAAUCGUUUUCUUGGGAAAUGAUAAUGGAGCAUUUCAAACACAAAUUAUGGUAUCAUCUACAAAAAUUAGUAAAGCGAUACAUACUGCAGUCGUAUACGAUCUUAAUAAUGAUAAAAUAUUAGAUAUUGUUAUAAGCUUUACACAGCUCGAGAAGAACGUUUGUAUCAUCUAUGGGCGUGGAAAUGGAAGUUUUUCAUCAGGAAUUUUAUUAUUCGAAAGAGACAUGAUUUAUGCAGUCACCUUAGCUGUGACUAAUAUUAACAAUGAUCAUUAUGCUGAUAUAGUUAUAUGUGAUGAAGACUCUAAACAUGUUUAUGUAUUAUUUGGAAGUGCAAAUAGAACAUUUCAAACACAAAAGCCAUUUUUCACUGCUAUUAUCUCUUUCCCUUAUUUUCUAUUUAUCGAUGAUUUUGAUAAUGACAAUCAAUCUAAUAUCGCUUUUCUUUAUAGUCUGUACGAUUUUGAAUGCAAGAUAUAUCAUUACCAUAAUAAUAGUUUUAAGAGAAAUGAAAAAACUGUCAUUAAAUCGCUGGGAGGAUUGAAUACAGUUAUUGGUCGUGAUAUUAAUAAUGAUAAUUAUUUAGAUAUUAUCCUUGGCACUGUUAAUCCUAAUAAGAUUUAUGUUUUAUUUGGAUAUGGAAAUGAUCGUUUUUAUUCACAUAUGGUUUAUUCGGGUGAAUAUCAGCUUUUUCCCUCUUGGUUAGCUGUUGGUGAUUUUAAUAAUGAUAAUUUCCAAGAUAUAGUUAGUGCUAAUUAUGACACUAUGCUUAUUGAUGUUUUCUUAUAUAAACGUGAAUGUUCCAUUGCUUAA